AUGGAUAUCAUCUUUGAAACCCAGAAAGGCCGCCAAUUCACCAUUGAAAUUGGUUACUUUGACAGUGUUUUAGAGAUCAAAGAGAAAGUACACAAGUACCAUGGCAUACCCGUAGACAAACAAACCCUAGUCUUCAACAACCAAAUUCUCCCCGAUGAAGGAGACGUAGCUUCUUGUGUAUUGUUACACAACUCUCGUGUUCAGCUCUUCUUUCUCUCCGAACCCGAAAAACCAUCCCAAGUCAAGAUUGAGGAGAUUAAUGAACCUAUCAAUCGCUCACUUAUUCAACCUGCAUUGCAAGGCCACCGUCCUUAUGAGCUCGUCGACAACGUUGAUAUUGGAGUGAAUAAUAAUAAUAAUAAUAAUAAUAAUGUGAGAAGACCAUCUCCAACACCUUCAAGGAGUGGCUCUGCUGGUCCUAUGAUGGGAGGAGGGUCAUCUAGGAAGCUGAGGCUGAAGGUGCUGACAAGUUGUGGGAAAAUACCUAUUGAAGUGAAUCCGACCGAUAACGUGGGAGAGUUAAGGAAGGAGCUGGAGAGGAUGCAACAGAGCCUGAAUUUUCAGCUCUCUCCAGAAGGGUAUUUCUUCAUAUGUAAUCAGAAUGUGAUGGAGGAGAAUCGUUCGUUCCGGUGGAACCAUGUUGUUCAAGGUGAUACCAUAGAGAUCUUCAAUGGAAGCGUUACUGGCGGACCAUGA